UCCGAUGUCGGCCUAGCAAGCGAGCUAAGUAGUUUGCUAGCGGCUAACUCAAAGAGGACUGAAACGACCCACACCUAACGGGCAAGACAGCUUUCAUGUGGGACACCUGGAGUAUCCAGCAGUUUACCCACAGAGCCAGGAGAUGAAGGAAGCCUGGGAUAAAAAAGGACAGAAAUGUAUCAGGCUAUGUGACACUCACAUUUUACGCACCCGUCUUUAAGAGAUGCAAAAUGGGACAGGAGGUGUAUCUGAAGAGAAUUUGGAGUUGGGCAAAGUCACUACACCCGGCCCCAGCCAAAUGCGGUGGCACCUUUGUGAACUACAUGGGACCUCUUUAUGGAAUGAGUUGAUCCUGUUACCGUGUAGACAAAAAGACUGAAGACCGUGGUCUCAAAAGAUUAAGACUCAUUUUGGAUAGUUUGAUUUUUUUCUUGUAAAGACAAGGGUAGAUUUCUUUUUCUUUUAUCUUUUUUAAAUCUUUUUUUUCCCCCAGCUUUUUAAAAAUUAAUUCCUCAUGGACCUUUGUUUGAGGUUAUGCAGCUUCCAGCAACUGACUUAAAAGCAAAUUUGUUUUAGUUGAUUUCCCCCGCUGACUCAGUUUGAAAUAUUGUAACUAUCCCUCCUGCUGCCAUCCUCAGUUUCUUCCACCCACCCAGUGCCUAAAUAAGCCCCUCUUGGGACUAUUAGAAAAGUCAUCAGCAGCUGCUGUCCUCAAUCCUCUGCCUGUUUUCCUCCACAUGCUCCUGCUUUCAGCCUGCUGCACUACCUCUUUAUUUUACUUUUUAUAUACACUUUCACUAAAGCGGACAAUCAGAACUUGAGCACAGCAAAGAGCAUUAAUGUAAACACAGAGUUUCAGGAGUAGAGAAAAAGAUAGAUUGCUCCAGCAUUGGUUGCAUGCAUGAGUGUCUGUCCUUUCUUUUAUAUGCACCGUUGUGUUUAUGUUGCACCAAAUACAGUUACAUUUAAGCCAUACAAAAAUAUUUAUGAAGUAUCAACAUAUAUUUUUGUAUCACAUGGCACUUCUAUAGAGAUUAAGAUUAUGCAUACAAUGUAGAUAUUUACAACAAGCUGCACAUGCAAGUAUAGCUAUAUUUGAUAUUGCUAUAUAAGAAAAUAUCUUGUUUUAAAUCAGUGUCAGGAGACCUUAAUAGUCUGUACAGACUGUUUUGGAUAGUUGGUUGGUUAGAUGGUUUUCCUUUGCAAUCUUUAGUCAUGGCUCUUCCUUCCAAAAAAACACUGCAAUCCCCAUUUUGACCUGUAUAUCUCCCAUUUAUUAUCGGAAGACAGUCUAUAUCUAUCUCCCUGUCUGUCCUCCUCUCCUCCAUCUGUCUCUAAUGCCGGGUUUCAGCGGUGGGGGGGUUGGGGGAGGAGUUGGGGGCCCUGCUUCUGCUCCUCCCCGUCCAUUUCGACCCAGCCGAUACGUCCCAGUGUCUGCAGCCACCACUUUUCUUGUCGGAUCCACAACACUCUUCUUUUGCUUCACGUGCCCAUGGUUAUCAGAGCAUAUUUCCUCUGUCAUUCCUAUCUACAAUGCUGUAAUCUUCCUCUUCACCCUCGCCAAUUUCUGCAUGGCCACUUUCAUGGACCCUGGAGUCUUCCCCCGAGCGGAGGAGGACGAGGAUAAAGAGGAUGAUUUCCGUGCUCCUCUCUAUAAGACUGUGGAGAUCAAAGGCAUUCAGGUGCGCAUGAAGUGGUGCUCCACCUGCCGCUUCUACCGUCCGCCACGUUGUUCGCACUGCUCCGUCUGCGACAACUGUGUAGAGGAGUUUGACCACCAUUGUCCUUGGGUGAACAAUUGUAUUGGCCGAAGGAAUUAUCGCUAUUUCUUCCUCUUUUUACUCUCUCUGACCACCCACAUUGUGAAUGUGUUUGGCUUUGGUUUGGUUUAUGUUCUGCACAACAGUGAUCAGCUGGAUACACCACAUGCUGUUGUCACUAUGGCUGUGAUGUGUGUGGCUGGUCUGUUUUUUGUCCCAGUUGCUGGCCUGACUGGGUUCCACAUAGUGCUAGUGGCCCGUGGUAGGACCACAAAUGAACAGGUGACAGGGAAAUUUCGGGGAGGUGUUAACCCUUUCACAAAUGGCUGCUUGAGGAAUAUUUCACAUGUACUCUGCAGCUCUCAGGCCCCCAGAUACAUGGGCCGGUGGCGAGGCCGUCAGCCAGUUGAAGUACAGCCACCAUUUCUUAGACCGCCUCUUACUGAGGCCCAAUUAGAAGCCAAGAUCCUUGACAACGGCAUCCAAAAUGACCGACACAGCACCAGGUCUAAGAGCAGUCUUGAUCAGAUGGAAAGCCAGUCAGCUGACGCGGAGCCUCCACCUCCUCCAAAGCCAGAUCUUCGUUACCCUGGUCUGCCACGUGCUGACACAGAGGAGAGCAGCUUGUUGACUGAGGCUCCACCUACACCAUCAAUGUACAAGUACUCACCAGCCUACAACAGCCCAGGAAGGAACCACACUGCCCUCACUCAUCCGAAUAAGAUGAUCCGUGGGGAAAGUCUUGACUAUCCGUCUCCCUCCAUCCUGCAGUCCAGCCGGCAGCCUAGCUACCGUUCGGAGCCUAGCAGCCUGGAUGGGGCCACAGUGGUGGGAGGAGGUGUAGGGGUGCGCAGAGGGGGAGGGGAGAGGGGUGAGGGCUCCGGAGGCCCUGCUGGGACUGCUGGGGGGGUGUCAGGGGGCAUGUCAGGUUACUCCCUGACUGGGCGCUCCUACACCUCCUACCCAUCCUCGCUGGUUCUGUCCACCGGCGGCUCACGUUCAUCCAGCCUGCGCUCAGCACAGACUGCACAUAACCCGCUGGCCACGCUCCAGUCAGAGGGCACAACAGACACCAGCUACAAAAGCCUGGCUAAUCAGACACCUCGGAAUGGCAGCCUGUCCUAUGAUAGCCUGCUGACGCCAUCUGAGAGCCCCGAGUUCGAGUCGGCUGCCCAUGAGCUGUCACCGCAGAAACCUCACGUUCCUUUUCCCUCGUCAACUAUAACAGGCCAGCCUAAGGUGGUGUCACCCAGUAGCCCACUGCAGGGCUACACGUCGCCCUUCCUCUCAGCUCAGAUAGCCCAGCAGAGAGAGGGGCAGCUGCUCCAGGGCUCUGCCACUUUCUCCUCCCCCCAUAGGGCCUACCUGCGUGCAGUCAGCCCGCCCCCUUCCUCCUCCUCCGGGCCUCUUGAGGCCCAGCAUCUGCUCCAGCAUAACCAGGACUUCUCAUCCCGAGCCCCUCGUAACCCUUCCUCAUCAUCCUCUUCUCCUGGGGCUCGAUCGCCUGAGCCCCCUGUCUCCCCGCCACCUCGCGGCCUCUCCCUCAGCAAGUCCCCGUCUUACACCGGGGAGGCAGGGCCUCAGCACAAGCCUCGUCCUGCAGUAGGGGGCAUUGUGCUGGGAGGGGGAGGAGUCGGAGGGGGGCAACAGGCUCCACAAUCCACCUCUCGCCCAGUCUUGGCCAAUCACACCAAGCCAGGGGGCGGGGUGAAGAAGGUAACCGGCGUUGGAGGGACCACAUACGAGAUAUCGGUUUGAGUGACAAACCUCCCACUUGAUCUAUCACAAGGAUGGGAAAAUGUCAGCUUCCACUUGCCUCUUACCUGAGCUGGAUAUUAUUCAUGACUGCAGGCUCCUCAGAAGUGACUUUUCUGGUGCACUGGACUCGAGGAACAGGCCUGUUUGGUACUCACUUUAUCUUUGUAUCGCCACUGGCCAACCUUUUCUGCCAGCCUUUCAGAUUUGAACCAAGAGAAACCGGAGACACUGAUUAAUUUUUCACAGAAUCAGUUGUCUCCAUUUAACCACUUUGUGAGCCAUAAACUGAUGUGACUGUCAUCACGGCUGGGUACUGAUAUGUUUCUAAAACACACAUACCUAUUCCAUGAUUUUCUUUUGGCUUUGCUUUGGUACAUUACCACACAGAGUAUUGACGAGGGUGUCAGAACGGUUAACCAGCGGAUCUUUAAUUUUAAGAUCUAGGAUUUAAAACUGUCGACCAGUAGAUACAUCUGAUUGGACCACAAAGGGGGGGAGAGUGUGACCUAUAAACACAGUAACAUUUUAGUUUAUAUAUAAAUGUAAAAAACUGUACUGAUUAUCUUUGGGUCAAAUUGUCAGGUAUAGAUGACUUUUGAUGAGGGUAUUGAUGUACGGUAUAUAAUUAUUCAUGAAAGUGAUUCCAGAUCAGUUGCCUGUUUAUAAUUGAUGGCUGCAUCAGCCACUUGCAAGCUUUUGUUGGAAAUUUCUUCCUCCAAAGAAAAUUAUGAUCUUUUGGUGGGCACCAGAAGUGGCAGAUUAUUGAAAUUAUGUUUGAAAACCACAAAGAAAUGUAGAUUCGCACCACUGCAGCACAAGCAUCUUUGUGGAAUGUAAGCUUGUUUGUUUAUGCUAGACAUUAUGCAAAAUCUGUUAGUAGCUUUAAGAAUAUAUGUCCUUUUAGUGUUGUUUAUUUUUUUUUUUCCUUCUUUUUUGUAAUUUGUCAGUCAGUAAAGACGCUAGCAACCAUUUACCUUUAAUGGGUGGCCAGCCAAAUGGGGUCAGCGAGGGAAGGGCUUAUUUAUUGCACCAGACAAACAUCCUUGUAGCUCUGGACACAAAUUCAUAUCAGCCUCAGUUUGUGUUUCUUUUUGAGAGAUAACAAAGAAGGGUUGAAUAUUUUUUUAAUUAAAAAAAAAGUCUAUUAGGAAUUGUAAAUGCAAGAUGCCAUUGAAUAGUUUAAGGAGGGUCUGGUGUGCAGUACAAAUCUUUGUUAAUCGUGUUUUGCCUUGAGACCAUUCAUAGUGAAGCCGGUGUGUUUUUACUAUUUAAUUUCUUUUUUUCUAUUGAUUCUCAUUUUUUACACUUGUCUGAACACAAGUAAAGCAGAUUAGAUUUAAUUGAUUUUUCUCAUGUUUAAAUUUCUGUAAACUACAGAUCAUGUUUUAAUCCCACUGCCAUGCUCAGAAAGGAUUGAUUCGAGGAAGGGAGGUGUGUUUAUCUUUCCGAAUUGGGCAUCACAGAGGUUUUAUUUAUUUUUUCUUUGUCACAGCAGUGUUUUCCAUGGAAUGUUUAAACUGCGUGAAUGUGGCA